UUUUUUUUUUUUUUUCCUCCUCUUCUUAAACAAACCACAAACGGAUGUGAGGGAAGGAAGGUGUUUCUUUUACUCCUGAGCCCAGACACCUCUCUCUGGUCCGUCUAAGCUUGUUUUGCUGAACACUUAAAAAAAAAAAAAAAAGAAAGAAAGAAAGAAAAAGGAGUUGCUUGAUGUGAGAGUGAAAUGGACGUGAGAUUUUAUCCGCCUCCAGCCCAGCCCGCCGCUGCGCCUGACGCGCCUUGUCUGGGACCUUCUCCCUGCCUGGACCCCUACUAUUGCAACAAGUUUGACGGUGAGAACAUGUAUAUGAGCAUGACAGAGCCGAGCCAGGACUAUGUGCCAGCCAGCCAGUCCUACCCAGGUCCAAGCCUGGAGAGCGAAGACUUCAACAUCCCACCCAUCACUCCUCCUUCCCUCCCUGACCACUCGCUGGUGCACCUGAACGAAGUCGAGUCUGGCUACCACUCUCUGUGCCACCAAAUGAACCACAAUGGCCUGCUACCAUUUCACCCGCAAAACAUGGACCUACCUGAAAUCACCGUCUCUAACAUGCUGGGACAGGAGGGAACACUGCUCUCAAACUCCAUCUCUGUGAUGCAAGAUAUUCGGAACCCUGAAGGAACUCAAUAUAGUGCCCACCCUCAGAUGGCAGCCAUGAGACCUAGGGGUCAGCCUGCGGACGUCAGGCAGCAGCCUGGGAUGAUACCACAUGGUCAGCUGACCACCAUUAACCAGUCUCAGCUCAGCGCCCAACUUGGCUUGAAUAUGGGAGGGAGCAGUGUUCCCCACAACUCACCUUCUCCACCUGGAAGCAAGUCUGCGACCCCUUCCCCCUCCAGCUCGGUGCAUGAAGACGAAGGAGAUGAUACUUCUAAGAUCAAUGGCGGAGAGAAGCGGCCUGCCUCUGACAUGGGGAAGAAACCAAAAACCCCCAAAAAGAAGAAGAAGAAGGACCCGAAUGAGCCCCAGAAGCCUGUUUCUGCCUAUGCAUUGUUCUUUCGCGAUACCCAAGCUGCCAUCAAGGGCCAAAAUCCAAAUGCUACCUUUGGUGAAGUCUCUAAAAUUGUGGCUUCCAUGUGGGAUGGCUUAGGGGAAGAGCAGAAACAGGUCUAUAAAAAGAAAACAGAGGCUGCGAAGAAAGAGUACCUAAAGCAACUAGCAGCCUACAGAGCCAGCCUGGUAUCCAAGAGCUACAGUGAACCUGUUGACGUGAAGGCAUCUCAACCUCCUCAGCUGAUCAGCUCGAAGCCAUCCGUGUUCCACGGGCCCAGCCAGGCCCACUCAGCGCUGUACUUAAGUUCCCACUACCACCAACAACCAGGAAUGAAUCCUCACCUAACUGCCAUGCAUCCGAGUCUCCCCAGGAACAUAGCACCCAAGCCGAAUAACCAAAUGCCAGUGACUGUGUCCAUAGCGAACAUGGCCGUAUCCCCACCCCCGCCCCUCCAGAUCAGUCCGCCUCUCCACCAGCAUCUCAACAUGCAGCAGCACCAGCCGCUCAGCAUGCAGCAGCCCCUCGGGAGUCAGCUGCCCAUGCAGGUCCAGUCGGCCUUACAUUCUCCUACCAUGCAGCAAGGAUUUACUCUUCAACCCGACUAUCAGACUAUUAUUAGUCCUACAUCUACAGCUGCACAAGUUGUCACCCAAGCAAUGGAGUACGUGCGUUCGGGGUGCAGAAAUCCUCCCGCCCAGCCUGUGGACUGGAAUAACGACUACUGCAGUAGUGGGUAAGCGGCCAGUGAGCGCCACCUGGUGGUGGGAUAGUCUCAUAGCAUGCACAUCGCGCCCUGCUCCAUAGUCGAUGGAAAGCUCCAUCUUCCUGCUUUCUAAAGGAUCAUCUGGAAUGGUUCCACGUUCGUAGAAGCAGAAGACACCUCUCCAGAAAUGUUUAAGCAGUCUUGUAUCCCUGCCAGGAAUAUCCAGUUGCAGCCCAGUCGAUUUUGAUUUCGACCACCCUACGUGUGUCGGGGUAGAACUGUGCUUCACAAGGUUUUCAGUGACUGAUUUUUCAGAAUUAGAUUGCGUGCCAGGCCUUUGUUCUGAGGCACCUCUGGGUGGGCUCCAAUUACCAGUCUUUCAGUUAGCAGCAGAGCAUGUUAACCAUUUGCACCACCCAGAGACUGUCUGCCAGGAAUAAAUGUCCUUAAAUAGCUGUUAGCUUUACAGUAGGUUAACUAAUUAUGCACUUUGCCAGUAAGAAGCAACUCCAUCCCUCGAGCUAGAACAAAUAAUUCAGAUAUGUCUCCCUGCCACCCGUGGUACAGGUUUUCUUGUAACAAGGCAUUGUUUUCUCUCAAUACAGGGCCAUGCAGAGGGACAAAGCACUGUACCUUACCUGAAAAUCCCAACACCUCUUCUUUCCACUGAGGAAUUCAGGGAAGUCUUUUCAUCAUGGAUUGCUUUGUACAGCCUUGGCGGUUCUCCAUUUUAUUAGAAAAUACAAGUUGCUAAGCACUUAGGACCAUUUGAGCUUGUGGGUCACCCACUCUGGAAGAAAUAGUCAUGCUUCUUUAUUAUUUUUUUAAUCCUCUAUGGACAUUGUUUUUUCUUCUUCCCUGAAGGAAAGUUGGACCAUUUCGAUCUUAUGUUGGUUUUUUGCUGUGAAGUGCUGCUCCCUAGUAACUGCCUUAGCAGCUGUAGAUGUCUCGGAUAAAAGUCCUGGAUUUUCCAUUGGUUUUCAUAAUGGGUGUUUAUAUGAAACUACUAAAGACUUUUUAAAUGGCUUGAUGUAGCAGUCAUAGCAAGUUUGUAAAUAGCAUCUAUGUUACACUCUCCUAGAGUAUAAAAUGUGACUGUUUUUGUAGCUAAAUUGUAAUUUGAAACUGGCUCAUUCCAGUUUGUUGAUUUCACAAUAGGGGUUAAAUUGGCAAACAUUCAUAUUUUUACUUCAUUUUUAAAACAACUAAUAGUUUCUAUAUUUUCAAAAUAUUUGAAGGAAAAAAGUAUUCCCAAAUGAUUUUAAUUUAAAACAAAUUGGCUUUGUCUCAUGGAUCAGACACAAAGAAACUAGUGUUAAGGGAAGCGCAAACACGUUUAUUUUGUACUGCAGAAAAAUUGCUUUUUAGUAUCACUUUUUGUGUAAUGGUUAGAAAGCGUCAUUUAAGUCCUUUUAUGUAUAAAACUGCCAAAUGCUUACCUGGUGUUUUAUUAGAUGCAGAAGCAGAUUGGAAACAUCUAAAUUAUAACCUUUACGUAUGGCUCUGUAUUAUUGUUUCUUCAUACUGUGUCUGUAUUUAAUCUUUUUUUUUUAUGGAACCUGUUGCGCCUAUUUAUGAAAUAAUAAAUAUAGGUGUUUGUAAGUAAAUUUGUUAGUAUUUGAAAGAGGUUUCUUUGAUGUUUUAACUUUUGCUGGCAAAAAAAAAAAAUUCACGCUUGGUGUGAAUACUUUAUUAUUUAGUUUUUAUGGUGACAUGAAUAAAGCCAAACCUGCUUUUCAUUUAGCAGCAAAUUAAAGCAACCAAUCCUUAUUUCUUCAUUUCUUUGGUGGAUGCAAAGGAAAAACUAUGAUAUUUAAGAACAUUCUUUCUUUGUACAAUGUAACUGAGACCUGCCCUCAAGUCACACAAGCUACAAGGUUAAACAAGCAUGAUGGGUCCUUUAUCCGAAAAGGGUUGCUUCUUGGUUCUCAGGUGGUUUGAGUCAGUUCUUUAUACUUCUCCCCAAAAUAUCAAAGUUGAAUCAACCAAAAUUCCUCCAGUUGCAUGCUUUUCACCAAAUCCAGAGAACGCUUAAGAACUGAACAGGGGCAGGAGGAGGUGAAAGGGAAGCAUACUGUCAAGAAUACAAACAAAAAUGAAAGGUGAGUGACCAGACAGCCAAAAGAAAGGGAAAGCCUCCAAAAUUUGAAAACGGUUGAUAGAAAUUGAGGUCCUUCCUGUCUUUUGUGCUUCUACAAGCUAUUUCUCUUUUCAGAAUUCCUGGAUCUUCCAAGAGAAUUCUGAGGGUACAAGAAAUUGGUGAAGGAACCAGAAGCAUGGAGAAUCUAGCUGAAGGUUUGCAUGGCUUUUAAAUCCAAAGAGCUAGCAAACUGUUGCCUUAGGGGGGAUCCUAUCGAGAAAGCUAGUCUGACUGGCAGUCGUGAGGAUGGCUGAUGUCUUUCAUGGAACAUGUGAAGUAAACUUAGCAAUUUCACUAAAUACAAAUAUAUGCAUUGCAUAACUCAGUCAGAAUUAAAAAGACAAAAGAUAUGCUUGCUUUGGAACGAUUUUAGGCAUUGAAUCACUUGAGCAUGUAAUAACUAAUAAAUAAUGCGGAUCCAGUGUGAUUAUUAAAACGACUGUAGCUGAGAGCUCUAAUUUUCCUGUCUUGAAGCUGUAUAAGAACUCAUGUGAUUAAGUUCAGUUUAUUGUUUGUCUGUUGAGUAUUUUAGAAAUAUACUGGCACUACUAAUUACCCAAUGUCUUUUAUUUAUUAUAUUAUGAUAAAGUAAAAUCCUCACUUGCACUGAGUCUGAAAUGAGAAGGUAAUUACCAGGAUAUGAACAGCCAGCUUUGACUUUGACAGGCAGUUUGUACCGGAAAGAGCUAUGUUGCUUACAGCUUUUCCAGAGCAGGUGUACAACCAGGGUAGACAGCGUGUUAAAAUUCAAUACCAAAUACAGUAAAUGCAUAUGUGUAAAUAAAAGAAAAUACAUCAUAAAUAAAAAUACCAUGCGUGAGUGACCAUAUUCUAUUUGGUUAUCGAUUGGUCUUUAAAGGACAGAAACAGAUGAGAAAUCCCAAAUAAAUCU